AUGACCAUUCGGACGUCUCGGAGCUCACCUGCUUCCCUCUCUCCUUUUCCGUCUCUCGCGCUGCGUCUUCCCUCUGCGUCUCGCGUUGCGUCGUCACCUUCCAGCCGGCGUCUCCUCGGGGCAUCUCCGACCAGGAAAACCCGCACGGUCUCGCCUGCUCUCUUCUCUUCCUUCCGGGGUUUUGCUUCCGUGUCGCCCGCACUGGGCCGUUCGCUCUCGAGAACUCGCGAGAUUGCAGACUUGCUCAAGGCCGCCGACGACAUCUCUUUCUCUUCCUCUUUCCUCCUGCCGUCUGCCUCUGCGUCGCGCGCGCCUCCGCGCAACGCAGCCCACCCGACUGUGGACGGCGUCUCUCCCGGGCGCCGCAGUUCCCCACAGACUUCCCACUCUCCUUCCCUUCCCCCGUCCUCUCCCCUGGUCUUGUGGGGGGAUUUAAUCUUCCAGGCGCACGGCAAUCUGUCCCAGUUUUCCGUAAGAGACAUCGCCGCGUUCCUCCAGGCGAUGGCGCGUUUCGGGCCGGCCUGCCUCCUCAACUGUGCGCGAUCAAAAAGAGGAAGAAGAGAAACAGCUCACGUCUCUCUCUCAGCGCCAACCUCUCCGUUAACCUCUUCUUCCUCUUCCUCUUCGUCCUCUUCGUCCUCUUCCUGUUGCUCUGCGUAUGCUUCAUCCACGUACAGUGUUGGUGAAUCUCGUGACGCGCCGCCGGCGUCGCGUGAGGGCGUCUAUCGGUCGUCCGGCUCUUCGAUUCAGGAGAUUCAGGAGCGCGCCUCUUCGCGUCGUCGCGUCGCGUUCACGCUCGACCAGCAAGGCUUCUCCUUCGACUUUCUGGAGGACGUGGAGACGACGCUGGUGUCGCGCAUUGCGGAGCUUUCGGCCGAGGAGAUUUGCGGCCUGUCGAACGCGUUUCAGCUUCUCCACGCUUCGCAUGCGCGCCUCGUGAUCGCCGCCAGAGAGAGGCUGCUGACACCCGCCGACGCAGACUGCCAUCCGCGGCAGGAGAAUGAGCGAGAAAGGGAAGGCGAAGAACGCAAAACGGAGGCUCCGGAACGGAUCCAAGAUCCUGCGCGAAGAAUCGCCUCCGCGGCGCUCCACGCGAGCGGCGAGCAAACCGGAGACAUGCAGGAGCUGUCUCCGCCCCGCCUCGUGCGCCUCUGGCAUGGGGCCGGAUCGCUCGGCCUCUCUGCCUCCGCGCUGGCCGCGGCAGUUGUCGAGGCGUUCCAGGGCGCUGCAGGCGACACGAAGAUCGGCGGCGCGGAAGAACGGGACGACGCACAAAAGGCAGAGACAGACAGAGAGAGCGCGCUCGACUGGGCUGUCGCGGGUCUCAUGUACGAGGCGCUUGGCCGUGCGGAAGAACGGAUCUCCAGUUUCGAUAAUCGGCAUAUCGUUCUUCUUUUCGAGGCUCUCGCUGUCGUCGGCUUCGCGCCGGGAUCGCUGGUCGACAAGACGCUUCAGACUUGCGUGCUGCCGCGCGUGCCUCACAUGCGGCCCGAAGAAAUCCUCGGUCUUCUCCAGGCUGUGGCAGCCUUGGAUGUCCAGUUCGACGAACUUCUUCGGGCACUCGGCGAACGAGUGACUGAACUUCUCCCCCAGUGCGAGCUGGCGGCUCUAGUCUCUCUCGCCUCACACUUCUCCGACCUCGACUUCCCUCCCAGUCUGCUCCUCAGCGAGCUCUCCGCGCGGUUGGGUGACGCCCUGGCAACGUUGGACGAGGCCAGCGUGAGACAGCUGCAGGCGCUGUUUGCUCGCCACGGGUUGCCCCACGAGAAACUCGCCACGCGCCUCGAAGCUUUCUAA